GGCGUGCAAAACAGCUCAUUUUGGUGAACAGCUCCGAACCGAUCAGCUCACCAAAGUGAACCGAUUCGAUGUAUCAGCUCAUCAGCUCUUUUAUUUUGAACUUAAGGUUCAUUUUGUGCGCCGUUUUUCUUAUGCACCGGUUUUUUUUCAAAUGCAUGAUCGAAAUUGAAUCAUUGAUUUGCAAUGAUGCAAUGAAUGCCAUGCGAAAUAAUUUAUCUUCAAUUGAUGUCGACUAAAUUGAAUCUCUUAAAGAGCCGAAGAUCCGAUCAGCUCGUAGCGUGUUCCCUGCGUCAUAAUGCAGUGAACUGGGUAGCAAAUGAGUGAGCUGGUGAGCUGCGGUUCUUUUAAAAAGAGCUGUGAGCUGUCAGCUCACUUCAAUGAUUCGAUUCACUGGAACAGCUCAGGAGCGAAUUGCCCAUCUCUAUUCAGUACAGUUCCAUACUUCGUAACGUCUAGACAGUUGUUUUGCCUGUUUCUUUUUUUUCCUAGUUCGCUGUGAAUGUGUGUGUGUAUGUAAGGAAGACUAAUCUGAUUACCCUCUAUCUGUUCGGUCUGUGACUGUUCUGCUGCCGACGGUUAACACAAUGCGAGCGUUUUUUUGCGGGUUACUUUUAACAGCCUUUGUGGUGCACUCUACCUGGGGCCGGCUGUUCGUAAAUCCUUACCCCAGAUUUGAGGCCAGUAAGAGCUUUGCUGCUGUACGUGAUGAUCAAAACGUUGGUGAGCCACUGUUUCUGACGCCUUUCAUUAAAAAUGGAUCCGUCACAGAAGGCCGUGCUGCUGCCAAAGUGGUGAACGGGAGCUUUCCGUCCAAUAUUGACAGUUAUUCGGGUUACCUAACAGUGGAUGAGAAGAAUAACUCCAAUUUAUUUUUCUGGUAUUUUGUGGCUCAGAGUAACGUCGCAGAUGCUCCUGUAGUAUUAUGGCUGCAGGGUGGACCAGGAGCAUCAUCACUGUACGGACUGUUCACCGAGAAUGGUCCAUUUUCGGUUGAUUCUGGCAUGAAACUAAACCCGAGAAAAUACUCGUGGCAUGUGAACCAUCAUCUGAUCUACAUCGAUAACCCGGUUGGAACUGGAUUUAGCUUCACCGAUCACGACGAAGGUUACAGUGUGAACGAGAAGCAGGUCGGAGAAAAUUUACAUAACGCGUUAGUCCAAUUCUUCCAACUGUUUCCGGAUCUUGCGACUCAUCCGUUCUUCGUUACCGGAGAAUCAUAUGGUGGAAAGUAUGUACCGGCAAUAGCGCAUACUAUUCAUCGUCAGAAUGGCAAUUCCAAGGUUAAAAUCAAUCUUCAAGGGCUGGCCAUUGGGAACGGAUUGUGCGAUCCAUUUCAUCAACUCGUCUAUGGCGACUACCUGUAUCAGUUGGGUUUAAUUGAUACCAAUGCGCUUGUCCAGUUCCACCAGUACGAGAAAAAAGGUCGCGAUUGUAUCAGCAGUAAAGACUUCGAUUGCGCUUUUCAAGCAUUCGACACUCUAAUCAACGGUGAUCAGUACUCAUAUGGAUCGCUUUUUAAAAAUGUUUCUGGUUUUGAAACAUAUUUCAAUUAUCUGGAAACGAAGCCCGAUCCGGCCGAUCAGUUCAUGGCUCAAUUCUUGCAACUGCCGGCAACUCGUCGAGCAAUUCAUGUGGGAAACAACACAUUCCACGAUUUGGAUAGCCAAAACAAGGUCGAAGAACAUCUCAAGCGCGAUGUGAUGGACACAGUUGUACCAUAUUUGGAGGAACUGUUGCACGCUUAUCGUGUCGUGAUUUACAACGGACAGCUGGACAUCAUCGUGGCCUAUCCGUUGACGGUGCACUAUUUGCAAAAGCUGAAUUUCCCGGACCGGGAACAUUACAGCAAAGCACCUCGAUACAUCUGGAAAGUUGACGGAGAAAUUGCUGGAUAUGCAAAGGAAGCAGGAAAAUUGGUUGAAGUGAUGGUACGCAACGCUGGCCAUAUGGUUCCGAAGGAUCAGCCCAAAUGGGCACUAGACUUGAUCAUGAGACUAACUCACGGUAAAGGAUUUGGUAAAAAGUAAUUGUUUUUUGUAAGACGAUUUCACGAAUAAAAGUUUUACCACAAAAA